GUAGCUGAGCCGGUAAGCGAACAUUCCGUUUUCGAUUAUUCCUCCUCCGUAGAAGUCGAAUUUUAUCUCGCUAUUUACUAUGAACUUUUCGCGGCUCUUCUCAGUCGGCCUCUCUAGCAAUCCUUGUGUAAUCCUGUGCUAGAUUCGAGAGACGCUUACGCCGCCAUCUUGGGCGUCAGGCGUAGUUGGUGCUAGGCCUUAGGCUUACGUGGAGUUGUUGGGCGUGGACCAUUGGCUAACUUUCCUCUUUCUGUGAUCUUCAGAGACACAAGACCGUCGAGAUGGGUACAAACGCCCAACAGUUCUGCCUGAAAUGGAACAAUCACCAGGCCAACAUGCUGACGGUGUUCGACCGCCUACUGUCGAGCAGAAGCCUGGUGGACGUUACGAUAGGCUGCGAAGGCCGUCAGGUGAAGGCCCACAAAGUGGUCCUGUCGGCCUGCAGUCCGUUCUUCGAAAACCUGUUCACCGAGAACCCCUGCAAGCACCCCAUUGUGAUAUUGAAAGAUAUUCGCUACGCCGAUCUCAAAGCUUUAGUCGAAUUCAUGUACAAGGGUGAGGUGAAUGUGGUUCAGGAGCAGCUCCCGACGCUGCUGAAAACCGCCGAAGCCCUGAAAAUCAAGGGGUUAGCCGAGGUGACGGGAGAAGGAGGAAAGUCUGAUGACAACAAACCUAAUGCGAUUGUCACCCAGCGACCAGACAGUCCUGGAACAUCAUCACGCAGGAAACGUCAAAGGGUGCGCAGGAAGAGCACAGACUCGGUCGUCGCCCAUUCAGACUCCGAAGAAUCUGUGCCCAAAGCCAGCCGUACGGAGCAUGACGACUCGUCGAUGGACGGAGCGACAUCUCUGGACGACGGAUCUCAGGCUUCCCUGCAGCAGCAGUCCAAUCAGCAGCAAUCAAAGGAAGCUUCCAUCAAUGUACAAAACAAUGCUGUCACUGUAAAUAACUCAUCCCUGUCAUCGGUUGUCGCGGCUGGCGGCAACAAUGCUACGACGGCUAACACAACGACGACGACCUCGAACGGACCCAACUCUUCGGCAAAGGACACCGACUUCGAACCCACCCGACUCUUGGAGGCCUCGAUGACAACAGCUGAUCACGGCGCCGACAAUAACUCGACGGAUCUGAACUCGACUGGACCGGAAAACACUCUUAUCCCCGACGGACUGGACAUUAAGCCUAUCAUCACGCUGGAAGAAGGUGGCGCUACCCCUACUGGUGCUAUUGUGCCAGCAUCGGGCGCUUCUUCUCUGUCGACUGGAACAACGGACGCAAUCUCUUCGCUCUUCCCUCAAGGAACCGGUGCUACGGCCCUGCCUGGUACUUCGUACCAGGCCAGUCCCCAAAGUCAUGGUACGUAUCGCGCCGCGUUGAUGCGCGAACCCGAGAUCAGAUCUCUAGUCUCUUGCCGUUUGGCUUAGGAAAGAAACCCGAUUCUUUCCGAUGGCUUCUAGUCCUCGAUCGCUUCUAACAUGCCCAUCGGGUCUGAUCUCGGGUGUUUCAACCAGAAAGCAUUCUGCUCUGUCCCUCUGUCCUUUCGGUGUGGAAACCUCUUUCACUAACUUAUACCUCCGACCUAGAUAACCCCUUAGAUAGAUUUUUUAUGGGGCUUCUCUCCGGAGAGCUCUUUUGCGAGGAUCAUCGAAACGAACGAAACGCACAUUUUACCGAAGAAAAGGAGGUCAUACACUUAGCUAAGGUAACAGACUUGAACAAAAUGCAGCACAGCAUGAUCGAUACAGACGUUCACCCUCACACGCUCUAAACGUUCAGUGGUAUAUACAAACACUAGGGAUUUUGGUCUGGGCUACGACCGAAAAAAGGCCGUUCAUCAUCUCUCGGUAAGCUGGUGGGUUGGGGUUGAGGGUUUGUGGUCACCAUCUUCAACAUUCGCGGCUGGUCCGCGUUCAUCGUUGAGCAAUAAAGAUUUUUUUAAAAAAUA